CGUCGUGUGGAUUCACUAUAUUGAGCCCGGCUGUACAGAAAUAUACUUUCGUUUUUAACAUUUAUAAACAUCAAAACACACCGAGAAUGUUUAAGUUCGGCCUUAUCAAAAAUGUCAGUUCUCAAAAAGGAGGCUUGUCGUUUGCUAAAUAUCACACAGUAAAAGGAAUUUACGGAUAUAAACCAAAACCCAAAAAGGUUUUCAAAGUAUCAGAGGAUAUCCUUCAAUCGAGGAACUCACAGCCGAACGUCUUCCGUUGGGUAGAAGCUUACAGGAAACAUGGACACAAAUUGGCAUCAAUAAAUCCUGUGGCAUUCCAACCGACUUCAAACUCAACAAGUUCAAUGGAUGAACUAACACCGGAGUACUAUGGACUUACCUCCGACGACAGAAUAACACCUCGGGGAAUAUUGAAUCUUUCAGCUUCAACCUCAGCAUCAGCAGUCGGUAACAGUAACGGUGACACUACAACCGUGGGAGAGCUUCAAAAAAUCCUUAACGAUAUUUAUUGCAACUCGGGAGCUAGCGCUGAGUUUGCUUACAUCGAGAACCAGGAAGAACGCGAAUGGCUUGCGGAGAAUUUCGAAAAACUAAGAACACAAAGUGUCAGCACGGAGGGGCGGAGGAAAAUUGCAGAACUCCUUAUCAAAUCUCAGGCAUGGGACAAUUUUCUGGCAACAAAGUUUCCCACCGUCAAACGGUAUGGCGGCGAAGGUGCCGAAAGCCUUUUGGCCUUCUUUUGGCAGUUAUUUGCAAGUGGUGUUGAAGAGGAGUUGCAACACAUUGUUGUGGCGAUGCCACAUCGUGGUCGGGGAAAUUUGCUGACAACAAUGUUGAAUCUAAGACCGGCAAAAGUUUUUCGAAAGUUCAAAGGCGAGUCAGAGUUUGCUGAUGGUGUGAAUGCAAUGAGCGACGUUGUUAGUCACUUUCAUGCUGCCGAAGAGUUGGAUAUUGGUGGGAAGAAAAUUCGUGUGAGCGUCUUAAGAAAUCCAUCGCACUUAGAGGCUGCCAACCCCGUCUCAAUGGGUAAAACCCGAUCCAAGCAACAAACAUUGGGCGAUGGAGACUUUGAUACCGAAUCCCAUAAGCCAUUUUCCACAUCCGUCCUUAAUGUGAUUCUCCAUGGAGAUGCAGCCUUCCCCGGUCAAGGAGUCAACCAAGAAUGCCUUAACAUGGCCUAUGUGCCACACUUCGAAGUUGGUGGAACUAUUCACAUGGUUGUCAACAAUCAAGUCGGUUUCACCACUCCCGCCGAUAAAGGACGUUCCACUGACUACGCAACCGACUUGGCCAAAACCAUCCAGGCCCCAGUGUUUCACGUUAACGGCGAUAACCCCGAACAAGUUGCUAUUGUCACCCAACUGGCCUUCAACUACCAGCGAAAGUUCCGCAAAGACGUGUUCGUCGACAUGAAUUGCUUCCGCCGUUGGGGACACAACGAGCUCGACGAUCCCACCUUCACCAAUCCGGCUCUGUAUUCGGUCAUUCACAAUCGCAAAUCUGUUCCAGAUACCUAUGCAGAGGAGUUGGCCAUUGCCGAGAUUCUAAGCUCUAACGAGGCCAAUGAAGUGCGUAGUAAUUUUAUGAACUACCUUACCGAAGAACUGACCAAUGUCGAUGCCUACCAACCCGAACCGACAUACUUCCAAAGGCAGUGGAGUGGAUUGCAAUCGGCACCCAAUGCCAUAACCUACUGGGACACUGGCCUGGAUUAUUCGAUGCUGCUUUAUGUUGGCACCCAAAGUGUCCAAUAUCCACCCGGCUUUAACAUCCACCCACAUUUACUGAAGACCCAUGUCGAAGGGAGGCUGAGGAAAUUAAAUUCUGGCCAAAAAAUUGAUUGGGCCACUGCCGAAGCUCUUGCCAUUGGAAGCCUCAUGCACCAGGGACACAAUGUUCGGCUAAGUGGUGAGGAUGUUGGUCGGGGAACGUUCUCGCAUCGUCAUGUUAUGCUGGUCGACCAGAAAACCAACGAGAUGUACCUUCCCCUCAAUGGCAUGAACCAAGGCAGCGGAGGAAAGCUGGAAGUGGCUCAUAGUAUCCUUUCGGAAGAAGCAGUUCUAGGUUUCGAGUAUGGCAUGGCCAUCGAUAACCCGAAUAAUUUGAUCAUAUGGGAGGCCCAGUUUGGGGAUUUUGCCAAUGGCGCCCAAAUCAUUUUCGAUAACUUCAUAUUUACAGGCGAGACCAAGUGGAUGGACUCGAAUGGUCUGGUCGUUCUUUUGCCACAUGGCUACGAUGGAGCUGCGUCCGAACAUAGCAGUUGCCGGAUAGAGCGAUUCUUGCAACUGACCGAUUCCAAAGAGACCAGUCCGGAUGGUGAUGAUGUGAAUGUGCACAUUGCCAACCCCACAACACCGGCCCAGUACUUCCACUUGCUAAGGCGACAAAUGGUGAGGAAUUUCCGAAAGCCACUCAUAGUCGUGGCACCGAAAACGCUCCUGCGUCUAUCGGCUGCCACCUCGGUGCAAGCCGAUUUUCAACCGGGAACUUAUUUCAAAAAUGUUUUAGGGGAUGACAACGUUGAUCCGACUAAGGUCAAUAGGGUAAUUUUGUGCUCCGGCAGACAUUACUACACCCUAAACGAUGAACGGGUGGCGAAGAAGAUUGAGAAUACUGCCAUUUUGAGACUGGAGACAUUGUGUCCGUUUCCGUUGCAUGAAAUCCAACAGGAGUUGGCCAAGUACAAAAAUGUCAAAUCUUUAAUUUGGAGUCAAGAAGAGUCACGAAAUGCUGGAGCUUGGAGCUUUGUUCGCCCUCGAUUUGAACACAUGAUUGGAAAACAGUUGAAAUACUGCGGACGUGCUGAAGCUGCAACAACAGCAACUGGAAUUGGUAAAAUUCACAAACAAGAACUCGAAGAUAUCGUCCUGAAUCCAUUUAGAGCCUAAGACCUAUAAAAUGAUGACGAGAAAAAGUAAGGUUAAGGAUAAGGAUGAGGACGACAACGACGAGCGACGACGACGUGUGGUUAUAAAGAUGUUGUAUCUUAAGAUUUUAUACAUAUUAUGGUGUUCUUCUAGUUUCAGUUGAGUCGAGUAAGCUUAAAUUGUUGAAUUUAGUUUCUUUUUUCUUCUUUCGUUUCUUUGGAGCUCAAUUUUAUAUCAAGUAAAGAAAAGUGUGUACAUAUAAAUAAUAAAAAGGAAUUUUUUCCUACUUAUAUAUUUUA